CCAAGUGCGUGUGUUUUCCCCGAACAUCUGGACUGUGGGACCGGCCAAAAUCCUUAGGAGCUUCGAGCUUGGGAGGGAGGAUGGGGUGUGAACAGGGUGGAAAGCCCCCUCCCGGAACUUGAGGAGGUGGAAAGAGUUAAAUGUGAGGGGAGGCGAAGGGUAACUCACUCGAAGAGGUUUCUGUUGAAUUAAAAGCAGCGGUUCCUGCCGUCACACGCACAGACAGAGAGAGAGAGAAGGCGAACCAAAUCCGUAACCUCUCUACACCACCUCCCCAACAACAGACAAAAAUCCAGCAGCCAGGAGCAUCGCAACCUGCAAACUAGGAGGAGGAAGGAGAGAGAGAGAGAGAUUCCCGAUCACAGCAGAGAAAUUUUAAAAAGAGAGAGAAAAAAAAUCUCCCAACACAAUGAAAAAUAAUUAAAGUGUCGGAAGAGAAACCGGACUUUUAGCAAGAGGAGUGUGUGAGCGAUGGAGAUGCAGUACAAAGAGUGGAUCUUGGAGACUAUUGACUCUUUACGGACCCGCAAGGCUCGGCCUGAUGUGGAGCGCAUCUGCCGGAUGAUCGAGCGCAAACACGGGCUGUCCCCGGCCGAGACCCAGCAGCAGCUGGAGAAGCUGGUCCGGGCCGAGCUAGUUAUCAAAGUGGCAUACAAAGGAUCCAACAGCUACCGCAACGCUGCCAAGUGGUACAAGAACAAGCAGAGGAAGAAAGCGGCCCCCGCAAGCCCCGAGGAUGGCGCUCCGGGCUCGGUGACCCCGGCGGCGGGCUCCCGGAGCGUCGUUCAGGCGGUCAGCGAGCUCCUGCAGCGGAACCAGAGACGCCACCCGCCGCAGCCGCAACACCACGGCUGCCAGCAGCAACCCGCCAGAUACUCCAGCCCCAGUGGGCAGAAUUCCACUCCAGGGCCUGGGGAGCAAGCGGAGGAGGAGGAAGGGGCGAUAGAUGAGGGUUGGCGAGGGGUCAGCCUCCGAGAUAUUGAGAAGCACCUCGCUGCCGGAACCCUGCAGGCUCCCGGAACCCGGAGGUUGGCCCGUGCCAGGCUGCAGUUGGCACUGAAGCGGGAACUCAGCCGGGGUCGGCUCCUGCAGACGGCGUCCGGGCACUACCUGCUGCCCCCACCACCCCCUGGGCCGGGGCCGGGGCCGGGGCCGGUUGCUGGGCGGAGGAGGAAGAAGGAGAGGCUGGAGCUUGAAGGGGCACCGCUGCCGCCAGAAGCAGGCGCUGCACUUGGCCACAAGGGAUGCGCAAGGACUCGGAAAGAGAAAACGAUUGAAGCGAAUGCUUUGCUAAUUAACCCUCCGGCAGCUGCAGCCUCUCUUGACAGCGAGUGUAUGGAAGCAGAACUGAAGGAAAUUGAAGAAUGGAACAGUCCUGCAGAUUUGGAGCAAGAUGCCUGUGAGACUAAGUCCCUGGAACCCACGUCCAAACAGAACAACUGCAAGAAUAAUAAGGCUCCUGACUGCACACAUCCGAUCGAAUCGUCGGUAUUCUUGAAUUGUGACACAUACAAGAAGUCUCGUGGCAUGAAUGGUCAUACCCAAGAUGUGUCAGGACACUCCACAGAUCAAUGGCCGUAUGGAGAAUGUGUGGCUAGCUCCAGGAAAGAAACUGGACAAAGGAUGUUACUCAUUCGGCUUGCCUCUCCUGAUCCUGCCCUGAAACAUGACACAGCCAAGGAGGAAGCUAUUCCCGAGCAGGGAGCAACAGUUCCUGAAUUACGAGGAGCUUCCUGCCUUCCAACCCCGUCAGCGUCCCCUGUCGAGAUGGAGACUAUCGAAAGUGGCUCAACAAAAAGUCCAACAGAAAACAGCAAGCUGCUUGACCCAGCGGAGUGGACGAUUUUAGACGUUUUCAAUUAUUUCAAGAAAGCUGGCUUUGAGGACCAGGCUGUAGCUUUCCAGGAACAGGAGAUAGACGGCAAAUCCUUACUCCUUAUGAAGAGAAGUGACGUUCUGACUGGCCUCUCCAUCAAGCUGGGCCCAGCACUCAAGAUUUAUGAGUACCACGUGAAAGCAUUACAGUUAUGCCAUUUGAAAAGCAGCUCCUUGUAGUGCUACAGCUCAUUCCCCAUAUCUCUUGAAUUCCUGAAAGACCAAAACAUCUAUCCGUCCAGGCUUAAGUGAUGGACCAUCAACA